AGGUUGCGGCAAAACCUGCGACACUGGAAGUGCCCAGUAGCAAGGAGCCGCAAAACGCUGUGAAGAAGACUUGGGAGACGCUCCAAGGCAGUCCGAAAAAGUUUCGCAACAAGCCGCGUGUGCGACGUGAAUGGCGCACACUGAGCCAAAGCAUGAAGGAGAAGGUGGCAAAAGCCUUCUGGAUUGUCAAGGAGACCAAGACCCUGGAGGGUCGACGGAAGUAUGGCGAAAACUUCAACAACCACGACGACAUGCUGAUUCUUCACUCCUGUGCUACCAUGGAUCCACGAUGUGAUGAGGGUCAUUUCGGUCCCCAGUUCAUGACAUUUCACCGGGCCUUGCUUCUAAAGUACGAGAGGAGUCUCUUGGCCGUCGAUCCCACUAUCGAAGCCAUGCCGUAUUGGAACAUGGCCUAUGAUGCCCAAGAUGGAAAGUACAAGAACAACGCGGAGAAGUACAUCUUCACCAACAACUACUUCGGCAGCUACUAUGGGACUGGCAUCAAUUACCAAGUCAUUGAUGGUUUGUUCGCGAAUUGGCCCGUAUUGGAGUGGACAGCGGAACGUUUCGGGAACAAGAGCUACAUGGCCCCGGACAACAAAUGUAUCCGCGAGGAGUAUUUCAAGGGCACUGUACCUUCCGUCUGUGACCAGUGCUGUCAACUGCCAAAAGCGCUGUGCGAUUGCGAGAAUUUACCAGGCGGUGCCACACCGACCUACACCCGCCGCGUGCGCGCGCACGACGACUGCUCGCCUCAUGUUGCGCGAUGGCCCGAAGACCCUGACGCCGCAGGGCCCUUGGGCGGGACCUACGAGAUCGUCUACAAUGAGGACGACUUCGAUAUCUGCACCGACGUAUCAAAGGUGCAAUCUUGGAUGGAGUGGCAAGACUGCAUCGAGAUGAGUACCUUCAUGUGCAGCCAACGCUUUGGUUACAUUAGUGGUCGGCCGGGUUUCCAGAAGAUUUUCGUUCAGGACAUUUUGCCGGAGAUGAAGAAGCGAGUGCUGGCCAGCCGAGAUCCCUACUUUGACAAAGCACUUCGCGCCCUGGAAGAUGCGGGGAGCUCCUCGGCCGACGUCUUCCAGGAUGUGCUGAAGAAACUGGUCAAGGAGAUUUGCGGAGACUACAUGUUGUAUGGCUAUCUGAGAAAUCGGAAGUUUUUGGGACAUGAGCUGAAGACCACCUUGCCGCGCUUCUUCCAUUCACAGGCACACAUCAAGUUUGGCAAGGACCUCUUGGACGUGACCACUUCGCCCAACGAAGCGGCUGCCUUCACUGGUUAUCAUUCGGAUAUCGAUCGCAGUAGUCUCACCUGGAUGAUCAAUGCUGAGAAGGCGAACCCAGCUAUGGCUGAGAGCUUCUGGUUGUAUCCGGUCAACCAACGUAUCACCCCGGAGCAGUUGCUGAAAGACCCGCAGAAAGGCCUCGGCCGCGGCAUUUCUGGUCCCUUUGCAAUCUACGAUGUCCUCGCCUGCGGCAAUGACACGAGCACCUACUACGAGUACUCAGUGGGUGAGUCUCCUUGGCUACCAGGCACCCUGCUGGAUGAUGUGGUGAAUAGCGCCUCGCAACGCGAGUUGUCCUCGACCAUGUUGCGCAAAAAUGUUAGAUGCGAUAUCACUGGGAUAUAAAUGGAUAAUAGGGGGAUAAUAGUUGGGAUAAUGAUGAAUAUAAUAAUAGGAUAAUACAUCAUCGGAGAACCGUGGUAUAAUGAUAGGAUAUCGUUAAAAUUUUAUUUUUAUUUUUUCCCAUUACCCUCUGGUAGUGACUAACAUAGCUAUUGAACAUGGCCCAGUCGAAAUAGUUGAUUUACCCACUAAAAAUGGUGAUUUUCAACAGUUCUUUGUAGGUUUACCAGGCCGGGUAUUCGUACAAUGCCCAUGGAUGUGAUGAUGGGAUACUCCCCGAGCGACCCGGCUUAGGCGGCUUUGCCUUCAAGAAUCUCUUCGACAACUGCGCACAUUCGGAUCCCCCACCUGGGAUUACCUGCGAUGGAGGUAAAAGGGGCUAUACUCACAAAGAGAUUCUCUACUGGACGUCCCCCGAGCGGGCUGAAUACACCUACGACACCUUGGAGCACCACUACUAUGACGUGGAGCCCGUGGAGUCGUCUUCCGGAGCGAUCUAAGAUCAGCCGUGGAUUUUGUGGCCGCACGAAGUUGUGGCAAUGCAAUUGUUUGAAAUUUUGUGGACUUCCCUUCUCCAACCAUAGUCUGUGAAACAAAAUAUGGAAAAGAUUUCUG